AUGGUGCCAUCCACUGGUUUCCUGCUCCUGCUGCUGCUGCUGCUGGAAGCCCCUCAGGAGGGCCGACCCCACAAGCUCUACAGGGCCAACUCCAUCUUCGGCUACAUCGACACGGCUCUGUCUGCCGCCAAGAAGGGGCAGCUAGAGGACGGGGCUCCGCUGGUCAAGCGGAGCUUUGGCUACCUGCCGGAUGGGGACCGGUCCUGGGAGAGGGAGGAGGGAGUGGAGGAGGAGGAGGAGCACAGCCAAGACAAGGAGAAAAGGACUCUCCCUGGGAGUGGGAGGGAUGGAGCUGGAAGGGGCACAGGACCCCGUUCCAAGCUCCUCUCCCAGGCCCUGUGGAAGUUCAAGCAGCACCCGAGCAAGACCAAGGCCACCCGGAAUACCAAGGUCACCCUGAGCCUGGACAUCCCCACCAGUAUCAUGCAAGUCCUCUUCACCAUGGCCAAGGAUCAAAGCUUGCAAGCCAAGGCAAAUGCCAAUGCGCAACUGAUGGCCCAGAUCGGAAGGCGGAAGUAG